GUAAUUCAAAUACUCAAAUGCUAUUUGAUGAUAGUGACAAUGAUCAAACUUCAGAGGGUUCAGAAAAUGUUGUGGACUUGAAUUAUGAUACAGAAUGUAAAACCCAGCAAUCAUCAGCAUGUGAUGAUGAUGAACACUGGAGUGAAGACGAGGCAGAAAUACCUGCUGGAAUCACUGACACUAUGUUAACAUCUCCAGAUUUUGUCACUGAUAAUGAACGUCAGCAUAUUUUAGAUGUUGCACCUGGUGAGGGCAAUAGGCCUAUGAGUAUAUUUAGAGAUAAAUACUCAGAGGAAUUAGCAUAUCCUGGUAUAUUUCUUGGACAGAAGCGACCAGACAAUGCAAAUAGACUAACCAAAGUCCAUUAUAGUGAAAUUUGUAAAUCUGAAUUAAGACGGUCUGACCGAAGGGCUGCAAUGUGUGUGGAAAAUAUUUUCUUUAAAACAAAGAAAUUGCAAAUGAAUGUUUCAUUCACUUAUACGAUAAUCACAUGUGAAAAGCCAACUGAGAAUCCAAAUUUACUUGCACUUGUAAACAGGCAAGUUCAUCGCCAUUCUCACACAUGUCGAAAGAAAUCCAAAAGUGUGUGUCGUUUUAAUUACCCACAGCCACCUGUGAGGUCAACCAAAAUUCUAUAUCCAUUAGAUAUUGAUAUGGAUGAUAAUGAAGUUGAUCAACAUAAAGAUACUUGGAAAUUUAUAAAGAAACAUCUGAAUGAUAUGAAAGAGGGUGAGGAUAUUACAUUUGACCAGUUGCUUGUAAAUCUUAAACUGACAGAACAAAACUAUUUGCUAGCUGUCCAAUCUAGUCUCAAGACACCAACUAUAUUCUUAAAAAGGAAACCGAACGAACUAAGGAUCAAUAAUUAUAAUGCUGCAUGUCUCAGUGCAUGGCGUGCAAAUAUGGAUAUUCAGUUUGUACUAGAUGUAUAUGCAUGUGCAAUAUACAUUGUAUUAUAUAUAUCCAAGGCUCAAAAAGGCAUGAGUGAGCUAUUAAGAACAGCUUGUGAAGAAGCAAAAAGGGGAAACUCCAGUCUUAAACAACAAGUGAGAUAUAUUGGAAAUAGGUUUUUGAACAAUGUUGAAAUAAGUGCACAAGAAGCAGUCUAUAUAGUACUUCAACUUCCAAUGAGGAAAUCUUCUCGUCAAGCAGUAUUUAUAAAUACUUCACCCCCUGAGGAUAGAGUUCAGUUACUAAAACCACUGCAAGAAAUUAAUGAUUUGGAAGAUGAUUCUGAUGAAAUUUAUGCAUCUGGUCUAAUAAAGCGUUACACAAAACGACCAGCCAAACUUGAGAAUGUGUCCCUUGCAGAUUGGGCUGCAUGGUACGACUCCACUGGUAAGCCAUAUAUCAAACCAUCACGUGAAUUAGAUAUUGAUAAUUAUCCACUUGAGACAAACUUGAGUGAUAAUGAUGAUAAUAAUGAGGAAGAAGAAAGCGAACAAAAGAAUAAAAAAAGAUCUAAAGCCAGAAUUAUUCGAAGUGUCUGUUUUAACAAGGAAGUUGAUUCUGAAAAGCAUUACCGUGAACUAAUCAUGUUAUUCACUUCAUGGAGGGAUGAAAUAACUGAUUUAUUAGGAAAUUGUGCUUUUUACCAAGAACACUAUUUUCAAGUUAAAAAUACAAUAGAUGAGCAAAUGAAAUGUUAUGCUAUGUGCAGUGAAGACCUGAAUGCGAUUCAAGACCAGCUUAAUAAUGUGGAAGACGGGGUGAUGAAAACUAUGACCUGAUUGCCCCAGGAACACAAACCAUUGAACGUCAAGAUGAAGAUGGAGGUGCACAAGACCUUCAUCCAGAAUUCAAUGAAACCUAUGACCUAUCUGGUGAUCUUGGAAUUCCUUCAGCUGCAUCUAAUACUGAGCAGCUGAUAUUACAUGAAGAACAGGAUGAUGUUUACAGAGGAAUGGUACAAAAAUUAAACAGAGAACAAAAAGAAUUUUUCUUCCAUGUUUUACAUCUUAUUAAAACUUCUGACAAUCCAUUCUACUGUUUUCUUAGUGGAGGGGCUAGAGUUGGCAAGUCACAUCUCACUAAGUGUCUUUAUCAAGCAGCAUUAAAGUAUUAUAAUACUAGAGCAGGUGAUGAUUUCCAUCAAGUGAAAAUAUUAAUGCUUGCACCAACUGGUAAAGCAGCUUACAAUAUCAAAGGUAACACAAUACAUAGUGCACUUUCAAUACCUGCAUGUCAAUCUUUAAAGAAUUACAAACAUCUUGAUUCAAGCAGGUUAAACACCUUACGGUGUCAACUUGGUGGUUUAAAACUAAUAUUUUUGGAUGAGAUCUCAAUGGUUGGUAGUACAAUGUUCAAUGUUCAAAUAAAUAACAGACUGAAAGAUUUUAAAGGAAGUAAAGAAGAUUUUGGUGGUGUAAGCAUGGUUGUUAUCGGUGAUUUAUUUCAGCUGGAACCUGUAAUGGACAGGUAUAUAUUUAAGAAUCUAGACAAUUCAGAAUAUGCAGUUCUUGCUCCUAAUAAAUGGCAAGAUAACUUCAAUAUGUUUGAAUUGGAAGAAAUUAUGCGCCAAAGGGAGAGCAAAGUGUUUGCUGAAAUAUUAAACAGACUUAGGGAAGGAAAACAUAUUGAUAUUUUGAAACUAAAAGAAAGAUUAAUAAAAGAAAAUAGCAUCCAAGAUCCCAUGGAUGUACCUCACUUGUUCAUACAAAAUCAGAAGGUAAAUGAAUUCAAUGAAAGAGUGCAUAAUGCAGCAACUGGUGAAAAGUUUUCAAUCAAAGCAAUAGACAGUGUUAUUGGAGCUAACUCUGCUCAACUUCGAGAUAAAAUUUUGAGUCAAAUACCAAAUGAUCCUAGGAAAACUAAGCAAAUUGUUUCAAACCUUCAAUUGUCAGUGGGGGAAAGAACUGAGAUAGCAUUGAAUGUACGUACUGAUGAUGGCAUGACUAAUGGUGCUGGUAAUGUUGUUAAAAAGAUACAAUUGAAUCAAAUAGAUAAACCUUCCGGUAUAAUAUGGGUCCAAUUUGACCAUUCAGAUGUUGGAGAGAAAACCAGACAUGAAAAUAGACAUCUUUAUGUCCAAGGUAUUGAGUCCACAUGGACUCCAAUAAAGCCAAUCACAACUCAGUUUGCUGUGGGUAGAAACCAAACUGCGCAACUUGUUAGAAAACAGUUUCCACUUAGACCCACUGCAGCUAAGACAAUUCACCGUUCACAAGGAGACACUGAACAAAAAAUUGUUGUAAAUUUCAACACUAGAAGAUCAAUACCACAUAUACAUUAUGUUGGUUUGAGCAGGAUAACAGCAAUUGAAGGUUUAUUUAUCACUGACCUAUGUGAAGAUAAAAUAGCUGUCAAUCCUCAUGUAGCAGCUGAAAUGGAACAUUUGAGAAAUGAACGUGUACUAAAACUAAGUGUCAUUCAAACUGUGCUAUCUAAAUGCACGGUCGUUACAUAA